GCCCCCAAAACAGAUCUCUUCCAAGGUUUUGGAAGUUUCAAAUUACAACCCACAAAAAUAAAAAUAAAAAGGAUUGGGAAUAUUGUUUUAUCUUCUAAGACAAAGAAUGUGGGGAAUAAACUGGGUUUAUGUGUGAUAAUGUUAGGAUUAAUGUUAGGGAAUCAAUGAGGUUUGAGUUGGAAUCUGGGAAAACCAAAUGCAUUGCAGAAGACAUUAAGGCAAAUGCAAUGACUGUAGGCAAAUACUCCAUUAUCAAUCCUAAUGAAGAAGGCCCUUUGCCUAUAUCUCAUAAACUUGUUGUCAGGGUGAGUUCACCCAAGGGGAACAGUUAUCACCUAGGAGAUCAAGUGGACACAGGUGCAUUUGCAUUUACAGCAGCGGAGGGUGGGGAUUACACAACUUGUUUUUGGGCAAAUAGGCACAAUCCUGCUGUGAAGAUGACCAUUGAUUUCGAUUGGAAAAGUGGUGUUGCCGCUAAGGAUUGGUCCAAUGUUGCUAAGAAAGGCCAGGUUGAAACAAUGGAAGUUGAGCUGAAGAAAUUGUAUGACACUGUCACAGUCAUUCAUGAAGAGAUGUUUUACCUUCGUGAGAGGGAGGAAGAAAUACAACAACUUAACAAGGAAGCAAAUUCCAAAAUGGCUACUUUUGGAUUAUUUUCGUUGCUUCUUUGCUUGUCUGUCGCUGGUUUGCAGAUAUGGCAUCUUAAGACAUUUUUUGAGAGAAAGAAGCUCCUCUAGUUCUGUUCCUUUCCAAAAUUAUAU